AGGUAUCAGAAAGCAGCUGAAGAAGCCACUGCUGAGAAAAGAAGAAGUAACGCAGAAAAUCUUCCCCCUCAUUUUAAAAGAGGGAAUCUGAGUGUACUGAAGAAAAAGUGGGAGAAUCCAGUGCUGGGAACAGAGUUUGGGAAGGAAACGCUCCGGAGCGGCUGUGCUAAGGUUCGGCACAAGGGAACCGGGACCGGUCCAGUUUCUCCCCCAGAAGUGGAGCAAAACCCGGGGGCUGGUGCCACAUCUGAGCCCCAGAGCUGUUCCAGCAUCCCUUGCCACUUGCAGGGCCCCGGUGGGGACAGCAGAAAGUUGAAAGUCCACUCAUCCCAGAGUGGUACCAUGGAAAACUGUCUGCGAGAGCCCCGAGAGGUGGAAAAACCCGAAAGCAGCGAAAACGCGGAGCCUGCGGGGAAGAUCGAGAAAUACAACGUCCCCCUCACCAAGCUGAAGAUGAUGUUUGAAAAGGGUGAAGCGGCUCAGCCCAAGGUCCCUAGAGACCAGAGGAAGACAGCAGUUGGGAGAAGGAUUUCUGAAAACAGCCUCUCUUCUGAGGACUUUGAUGCUGGCCAGGGAGAGAAGAGCCACAGUGCAUCAGGGCAUCUUGCAGAUACCAGUCCAGCACCCAGCCCAGACAAGGCAGAGAGCAAGAAAAGUCUGGAGAUGCCUCGUUUAUCAGAAACUUCAAUCAAGGAUAGGCUGGCAAAAUACCAGGCAGCUGUGUCCAAGCAGGGCAGUUCCACAGUGCCCAUGACUGAGACUCAAGCCAGUGAAAGUGAACUCAAGAAUUACAAAUCUGAGCAGAAGGAGAAUAUGCCACCAAGUCUUGAGGACUCCAGUUCCUGUCAGGAGGGGGAGAAGGUUUCUGGGGGUGAGAACAGCUUGUCUUUCCACUCUGGUCUUCUAGAGGAUGGCAAUGUUGGACAAAACUUGGAGAGAGAGACAGAAGUCCAGAAACCUGUCAGCACAAAGCAGCAAAACUUUGGUUCUAAACCAGUUGGCCAGACAGAUGCAUCUCCACCCAAAGCAGUGAAGAAAUUUCAGUUGCCAGUGAAGGAGUCCUGUGUGGGGUGUCAGAAGACAGUGUACCCAAUGGAAAGGCUCUUUGCCAACCAGCAAGUGUUCCACAUCAGCUGCUUCCGCUGCUCCUACUGCAACAGCAAACUCAGUCUUGGGACAUAUGCAUCUCUGCGUGGGAAUAUUUACUGCAAGCCUCACUUCAAUCAGCUCUUCAAAGCUAAAGGCAAUUAUGAUGAAGGCUUUGGACACAAACCACACAAGGAAUUAUGGGCAGGCAAAACUGAAUGUGAAGAAUCCCCAGAGAAAACUCUCCAUGGUGUAAAUGCAACAGAAAGUCCCCAAAGCCCAGGAGUAGAGGAUGCUCCGAUUGCAAAAGUUGGAGUUCUGGCAGCAAGUAUGGAAGCAAAAGCUUCAGCUUUGCCUGAGAGAGAAGAGAAACCAGCAGAAACAAAAAAGCUGAGGAUUGCCUGGCCACCUCCAUCCGACCAAAGCAUUCAAGGAAGUGCCUUAGAUGAGAGCAUCAAAGUACUCAAACCCAAAUGGCCUCCAGAAGAAGAGUUUUCCAAGCCAGAUGUGCCAGAGGAUGUGGAUCUGGAUCUUAAGAAGUUAAGAAGAUCUUCCUCCCUGAAGGAAAGGAGUCGUCCCUUUACAGUUGCAGCCUCAUUUAGAACAGUGUCUGUUAAAGGCCAUAAAACUGAGAAUUCCCCUUCUCCUACUAAGGCAGAGAGAGAAGUGUUGAAAAGAAAUGAGGAUCUGGUAGACAAAAAGCCAAAAGAAAAGCAGGUUGAGAAUAGAAACAUCCAGAGUGCUGAAGAGAAAAACGUAGAGGAAGAGCAGGAAUUGUCUCCUGACAAAACAGCAGAGCAUAAUUUUGUAGAAAAUGGCCAGGUGAAUGCAGAGACAGAUGAGGAAGAACAUGGGAUGGAAGAGCAGGAGCUUCCAAAUGAAGAAUUCCUUGAACCUAAUUCUCCUAAGCAUUCCAGCUUAGCCCAUGUGGGGACUGCUAAGGAAUCAUCCAACCAGAACCGUAAAUCCCAAGAUGUUGGUUUCUGGGAGGGGGAAGAUCUGGAGGAUUUGUCUGUGGAAGAACAGAUCAAAAGGAAUCGUUACUAUGAAGAAGAUGAUGAAGAAUAAAUUGGCCUUUUUCCUAGAAAACUUGCUGCAAGGUGCUGGGCCUUUUUGAAGUGGUAUUUGUAGCUUUACCAAACAGCUGUCCUCCAUGCUAUGCUGCACGUGGACAUUAAGGGAAUCCUAGGAACCAUCCCAACUAGAAAAAUAUUCUGGAAGCCUGCAAAGAGAAUCCUUAGGUGCAUGGAAAGCAGGAUCUGGGCUGUGGGAUAACUUCAGCAGGUAAUCUCUGUCCCCAGCAUGAGACCAGAGCUCUUCCAUACUUCUGCCAUCUCAUCCUUUUUGAGCUUCAGGACAUCCUUCACUAACAACUGACAGAAUUUCACUGUCCUCACCCCAAACCAGGCUGUGAAACAACCAUUCUGGACCACACUAUUCUUACCACUACAAAUGCUACUGCAGUGCUUAGGGACCAAUUCCAAAGGGACUUUCUGGCCUGCUUGAAAAACUUAAUGCACUUUAAUGCAUGGAAAGGGCACAACUGGGUUGUUGGGGUUUUUUUAAUAAUAAAAACAUUUAUGUUUGUGCUUAGUAUCCAACAACUAAAGCCUCUAAAACCAAGAGCAAUGUGAUUUUCUUUCUGAAAACUGCCAAUGAUCAGCUGGAGACUCCCUGCUCUCUUCAUUUUUCUCUGUGCAACUGGAAUGGUGAGCCCAUUGCUGGAACACUUGUGUUUUGGUGCAUAUCAGAAGCUGUGCUGGCUGACAGAUCUCUUUGAGGACAAACCAACACUUCUGCAGUAGCCUGCAGGGCAUUACUUUUACAUUUCAUAUGCAUUUGAAGUGGGGUUUUGGUUCUGUUUGGGGUUUUUUUUGUUUUCUUUCUCUUUUUACAUGAGUUCAUCAUUCAUUUUAAACUGCAGAUAAUAUUUUUAAGGCCUUUCAACAACUUGGAAAUCUUACUUGUACCAAACUGCCCUAAAUCUUGUCCUUAUGGCUGUGAAAUGAUGCUGCAUUGCAAAAAUCUCUGGAAUAAAACCAUCUCAAGACUGACACUUUCUGAUUGCUAGCAUUGAAGCUUAGUACAUUUUUAAACUUGACUUCAUUUAUUUUACAAACAAGUAAAUCUUGAACAGUGGAAGGAGGAUGCUGUUUUAUAUUAGCUUUUAUUUGUACUGUAUUCUCAUGAGAAUUAGCUCUUAACUAUACUUGAGGUGUAAAAUAUUCUGCUUUCUUAACAGUCCUGCUAACUCCAAAAACUUCAAUAAAGUUU